GUUUCCCGUGUUUAUCGCUAGAGAAGAAGUAUCGCGGAAGAGGGGAAAGGUUUCCUGACGGAUCACAAGGCUAAGCUAAUCAGCUAACUAAAUAGAACUACCCGUCUAGCCAGUAGAUAAAUCAGGUUUACCAGUUGGAUUGACACCCGUGACGAAGUAUCAAGAUGACAGCCGCACCUUACAACUACUCCUACAUCUUCAAAUACAUCAUCAUUGGUGAUAUGGGAGUAGGGAAGUCAUGUCUUCUCCACCAGUUCACAGAGAAAAAAUUCAUGGCAGACUGUCCUCACACCAUCGGGGUGGAGUUCGGGACAAGGAUCAUGGAGGUCAAUGGUCAGAAAGUGAAGCUGCAGAUCUGGGACACAGCCGGUCAGGAGCGCUUCAGGGCCGUCACCAGGUCCUACUACAGAGGGGCCGCAGGGGCCCUCAUGGUGUACGACAUCACCAGGAGAAGUACUUAUAAUCACUUGAGCAGCUGGUUAACAGAUGCCAGGAACCUGACCAACCCCAACACAGUCAUCAUUCUGAUCGGUAACAAGGCCGACCUGGAGGCUCAGAGGGAUGUGACGUACGAGGAGGCCAAACAGUUUGCUGAAGAGAAUGGUCUGCUGUUUCUUGAGGCCAGCGCAAAAACAGGGGAGAAUGUGGAAGAGGCCUUCCUGGAAGCAGCGAAGAGGAUAUACCAGAACAUCCAAGACGGCAGUCUGGACCUGAACGCUGCUGAGUCGGGAGUCCAGCACAAACCGUCUGCUCCGCCGGGAGGCCGCAUUAACACCGACAGCCAGCCGCCCAAAGAAGGCUGCAGCUGCUAACAACAGACAGGAACUACAGACCAAUAGAACAGACAGGUGGACGGACAGACGAAGACAGAAAGAUACGUACACAGAGAUCCACCAGGCACUGACAUGCUACUUAAGAGUGCGUCAAACAGAAUUUAGGUGGAUUACGUUCAACACGGUCCAACCAACCAUUUUGACUCCAAACCUGAGGUUAGUACUCAAGACAAAGAUUCGACCAUCCUUCACCCAAUCAGACAUCACUAGCUUUUGUUAAAUCACGACAUCCUCAACUAGAUCGAGAACCUAUCCAGCUGUCCAGUCAUUCUCAAGUUUGGAUCAGUUUUGGACAACUCCCAAAUCAGGACCCCUCCUGAAUCCCUGUCAAAAUGACAGUCCCAUUAUUAGGGGACAUUAUUGACUGCACGCAGGACCUCCAAAGUUUGGAGUGCUGUUGUCAUAUGAUGGAUCACAUUUCAAGAAUAUCCAGGUCACACAAGAAAAACCCUGAUGAAAAUAGAGAUACGAAGCCUGAAUCUGAAUCAACCUACAACCCAAAACUGGACUGCACUUCAACAAAAGGGCUCACAUAGAUUGAAAUCUGGACAUUGAAUUAGACAAAGCCUCGGCUUAUGAAGGAACUCUGAUCAAAGUCUAGUCAUCCUUACAAGCUUGCAUAUAUGCAGGUGGUGCGUCGUCCACAUUUCUUUUCUAACUUCAAAUUCGACUCCCGUCGUCCGAUACACAAAACAGUGGCAUAUGAGAAAAAUUAAGAUAUGACGCUUACAAUUGCACCAUCCUACAGCCUAAAUCUGAUCUAUACUCCACGAAAAAUCCAUACAAGCAACUUGGGACAUUCCUUUUGUGCAGAUCCGGAGCUUUGGCAUACUGGACUGCCCUUUUGUUUAAACUGAGACCACGUUCAUCCAUACAGUCUUGCUUGGCAAAAAGAUAGACGAGAAUGAGAACGUGCUUAGCCCGAAACCAGACAACUACCUUCCACUAACCUUGCCCCGUCUCAAGUGAGGAUAGUCCAUCCACCUUGGUCCUAAAGUGCAAGUCACCAAAAUUUCAACUCCGGACAUUCCUAUUGACAAAUUCAGGGCCAAAGGCUCAAGCUGGUCCAAAUCAAGGACCACCUUCUGUUCAAAUGUAGCUAUAUAAUCUAAUCUGCCAUGAAUCCAUAUCACCCAAAUUCUGAUCAUUGGUUGAAUCAAACUCUUAAAAAGUCUUGCUUCAAGUUCAUGAUUUAACAGAGUGGCGUUGAUGUCUGUAUUUGUCCUCGGGGGAGUUCCUCCUUCACAGAAAGCAUUUCUCGCUCAGUUUGAUUUCCUACAGCAACAUCUUACUUUCCCUUGUUUCUCAUGCAUUAACUUCCAAACAACACUCGUUAGAGGAACCGACUGCCCUCCGAACAUCUGACCCAUUGCCUUUACACCGUGUUGGUAAUGUGGAUCAGAAGACUCAUUUACACUGAAGUUGCUGAUGUGGACUUUUGAAUCUGUUGUUCUUGUGGUGGAAUGCGUAUCUGGACGUGUUCCUGUAGUGUUCCAGUUACCUGAAAUGAAGGUUUGUGGGGACUACUCCAUGCUUGGAACCAGUUAACUUCUUAAAUGUUCUUUGGCCAGCACUGGUUGACCAUCUAAAACAAAAGGCUGAGUUAUAAACGAAAGAUCUGCAGGUAGAAGGUUGCGGGUAUUCACAAGGCAGGGUGUGUCUCGAUGCAGACGGUACUAUGUUGGAUCCAAGGUGUUUGAGUUUGUCCCAUAUUAUGUACUAAAAGUCGACAUAUCUCUGGUUCAGUUUGGAUCAGUCUUUCUUUAACAUCUCUCGCAAGUUCCUUAACUGUAUAGAAGUGCGAUAAAAGCUUCACUGUACUUUGGUUUAAUCACGUCUAAAUCUCCAGAAGUACUCCCAUUAUUCACAGCUGUUAGGAGGGUUCACAGAAAAUAUUGGACCAAGGCCAAAGAACAUGGCUAGCAUCUCCAUAACGAUAAUGCACACAUUAUAUUGGACACAAUCUCAGAAUGACAUUUGGAAACUUGGGAGCUGACCCGCAUUAAGACCAUUCCCGACCAAAUUCGACUGAAUAUUCUGUCACUAUGUACCCAGUGGAUCCCUAAAGAACUCUCAGAAACGUUUGUUCACACAGGAACAGAAAAGAAAACAUCUCCUAAUCUCCACCUUUUGUCUUUUUUAAAUAAAAAAAACUAAAACAUCUCAACUCAAUAACCCAAGGUUAAUUAAGGUUCUUAUGGAACGAUAAACCAACUGAUCUGAUGAAGCUGAUGAUGAAGAAUAAAAUGACCUACCUGAACCAGAAUGUCACUACCGGUCCUGCAGGGGAUCAAGUUCAGGAUAGAUUUUUAUUAAAAUGUUUCUUGUUCAUGUUGAUUUUUGUUUUCUAACAUGUUUUCAAAAAUAUAUUUACAUUAUAUUUUCGGUGUCACAGCUCCCUCUAGUGGCCAUGCUUUGUGUCCCUCCUGGUUGAGUGCGUAUUGAGGGAAAGGUAAAAGUGGAAGCAACACAGAUUCUUUUAAUUUAUUGCUACCUUUACGUGUUUUGUAUGUUUAGUUUUCUUUUAAACACCUGGGUUUAAUCUGCGUUCUGGUUCUUAAAAGCGGAAUAAGGAGAAGAUGUGCAACCAAAUAUCUUAGAGAAAUAUAGAGUGGUGCAGUGAUGGUGCAUUUUUGAAGGCCAACCCAGAAGUUAGCUUCGCAAGGUGUCCCUCAAAAAAGCCAAUGGUAUUUUUCCAAUUGGAUUCCGGCAUAUUGCAGAAAACAAGCUCCCGUGGCAAACACAUACGGUGGUAUUUAUCUGAUUUGGUUCUGCAGCAUAUCCUCCACAUAUUUACACCACGGUUUCAGUUUGAAGCUUGAAUGCUAUAAACGAACUGCAUCACAUUCACCUGGCCGUGCAUCACAACCGCUAAGCUAAAGGCGGACUUGUUCUCAUUUAGACACUUGUUAGCAUCUGCUAUUUUCAUGACACACAAGCUUCGGACAUUCAACAGUGGGGUAUUUACUGACGUGUUUUAUGUUGCAAAACAAGUCAAUCUCUUCAGCUUGAGUUAACCACAGACCUUGUUUCAGGCUUCUUACCGCAAACACAUUCGAAAAACCAUUGACCUCAAAACGAGGGAACCAGAAAGUCAUUUCCGGGGUGCACCACUCUAUUCUGACAUUAUCUUACCUUCCAAAAGUUUCUUUCUUUUACGCGUGAUCUGACGGAGCCUUGACAUCCCAAAUGCUUUCAUCAACUUAAUGAUUAAAUGUAAAAUGAAUAAAUGGGGAUUGUAGCAUGUGAUCCUUGCGCUACAUGAUCCAGUUCUCCCAGUCUAUUUAACUGCAUCGGUCAGUAAAUGUUGUCCUUUGAGAAGCAUUCCAGCCCUAACUAGCUACAAAACACCAACAGAGUAGCUCUGCUCAACUUUAUCUUAUACUUUUUAAAUAUUUUAAAGCUGUAUUAUUUGAUUUCGUUGCAACUAGAGGGGAGAAAUAAACCAAAAGAAGCCCACAGAUGCGCGCACAGUAUAACAUGUAAUGUGUCAGUUGAUGGAUUCAGUGUUUUAAAAAAUAAAUCGAUUAAUACAGCUUUCACCUGAAACGACUCUGCUCUUAUUGAUGGAUAAACCAUACAUACACUAUGGAUCAGCUGGACAGAUGACUUUUUAUGUACAGUGUUUCUCCAGCAGGGAAAACACACUGAUGCAUUAUGGUCAUACUCAGUAAAGCUGAUUAAAUACUAGAAAGGAUUCGAGACAUUUUGGCUAUGGAGUCCCAGAAGUAACAAAUGUCACCAACAGGCUAUCUGAUGAAUCAAAGUAUAAUUCAAUAAAUAUUACGCUUUGUUACUUCUAAAUUCAAUUAAAAAAGCUCUACAUAGUUUGAACCUAUUUCGCUCCCACAUUUACAUUUUCUUUUCCUUUUUUAUUGCAAACAUUUCAUUAAUUAUUUAUCUACAUUACAUUUUUUAGUGUUGAGAAAAUUGGAACUAUAUAAACAUUACAUUAUGGUAAGGGGGAAAACAUCAAACUAAAUGAAACAAGCCAGUAAAAGGUAAAUGUACUGUGUUUUGAUUUAGGCAAAGAAAAAUGUACAAUUACGGGAAAAAAAGUCCCAAUGAGAUACCAUUUCAAAAUGUCUACUUUGCAAUCGAAACUUACGAGUUAAUAAAUAAAUAUGGAUUCACUUACUGGCUCAGAAUCAAGAUGAUGUUGAUUUUGUAUAAAAUUGUUGCCCUUUUUUAACCGUUUUUAUUUUUCCUUCACUGUUUUUUCUUGAUUGAUUUAUUUUGCUAGCAGAAAUGUAUUUCCUUUUUUUUCAAGUUUCUACACAAGGGGUCAUUUUUUCCCAGUUUGGGACUAAUAAAGUAUUUCUGAUUCUGAAGUUAGACUUUAGCCAUCUCAAAAUAAUUCUAUGAUUUAGAUGUUUUAUUGGUUUUAAUUGUUAUAUCAUUAAAGAACAUUAAGAUUUACACUGAUUUUAGAAAUAUAUACAUGACUUAGCUCUCUAUUCAACCUCCAUUUCUGAUAACUCAACAGAUAACUUGUUAGUGACGUUUGUCUCCUCUGGGACUCCGUACAACUGUGAUGUACUUCUAAAUGACAGUUUGUUGGUUUGAGGCUCUAACUAAGGAAGGAAGUCGUUUUCUUGCCCGGCUCACUGCAACCUCCUCUUUGAUACAGAUCUGGUUCAGAUUCAGGUCUGAUGGUCCUGCUCAGAUCUUGUGUCCAGUCACAAAAGAAUACUGCGAUAUUAUUAGGAUAAUAAAGUCAGUGCUUUUGUGUGUUUGGGCAUCGCUCUGGACUUCACUACAAGACAAUACAUAGAUUUGAACGGUGUCCAAAACCAUCUGAAGGAGAGUGAUUUUACUGUUCGCUGUGUCUGAUUGGAGGACAGUAGCCUUCUUGAAACACAUCACACUCAAAACACAAUAUUUUCGGACAUGUUGCUUAAUCAUUUAGAAACCUUCUCGCCGCAUUCACAGAGGGAGGAAAUGUGGUUUCUCGCUUGCACAAAAGUAAACUCAAGUCACUUUAUUUUUGAGUGGAAUAAACUAAUAAAUACAAUAUUUCUGCAUUAUAAAGUUCUGCCAUGACCGGCGCAGAAGAAGGAAAAAGCAUUUCAUUAAUAACACAAUGUUCAAAUAUGUAUUAAAACGCAACAGCUGUGCGAGUCCUGUAGGUGGCAGUGUUGUCGCAGCAUAAACGCCUUUUUUGAAAGAAACAUUUGAGGAAACAAAAUAAUUAAAUGAAACAAUACCUGACUUGAGUUACAGCUGAGAACAUCUACAACAUAGGCUACGGGUUUUUUCAUAACGAUAAAUGUACAUUUUGUUUUUAGAAUAAUAUCCUCUUUGUAAAAACAGCAUUAUAAACCCUUACACUAAUCUGCCAGUAGAGGCGCUGUUUAAAUUAAAAAAUAAUGAACCUUGAAAUUUUGGAUGUCUUAUUUAGCAAGAAUUCUCCACUCUUAUCCCUGCAGGCUGGCUGUAAAACGCUCUUUACAUUCUGUUCAUUUCUUCUUGAUAAUGUCUGUUGAUUUUAUGUCAUCUUAAGUAAAAUCAUGCUUUGAUUAUUUUGACUAUUUAUAUUCUAAAUCUGUAAUGAUUUUCUUCAGCUGUAGCUUAUUGUACUGUCGCGGUGAUUUCGUUUUUUGUAAAUAAAAUAUAUAUACUGUA